UUUCGACCAAAAAAAAAACACCUCAUCAACUGCGCUACUCUCACUGGGCUAUGAGUCUCACCGUCAAACUGGGCUUUCCUCAACCUGCUCAUUCUCUGGUUCUGCCCACAUCAACUUCCAAAAACAAAACUCAAAAUUCAACUUUAACUCUAUCAUCUCCAACUACUCAGAAACCAAAUGGAACAUAUGGAAGCAAAUUUCCCUGUUCAAUUGGUAUUAAUGAAACUCAGCCAAAGUCUCAAAUUGAACCCUUAAUUGAUAUCCUACAUGGUUGUGAGGACAUGGGGUCUGUAAAACAAGCAAAGGCUGUUCAUGGGUUUGUGUUAAAAUCUGAGCUUUCGGACCGAAACUUGCUAGUAGUGUUAAAUCACCUAGCUCAUGCCUAUUCGAAAUGCUCGGAUUUUGGCACAGCUCGUCGAGUGUUUGACGAAAUGUCAUGUAGGAACGUAUUCUCUUGGACAGUCAUGAUUGUUGGGUCGACUGAAAGCGGCUUCUUUCUCGAUGGAUUUAAGUUCUUUUCCGAGAUGGUGAACAGUGGAAUUUUACCAGACAAGUUCGCAUAUUCCGCAAUUGUCCAGACAUGCAUUGGUUUAGAUUGUAUUGUAUUGGGCAAAAUGGUGCAUGCCCAGGUUUUUGUAAGAGGCUUUGCAUCUGAUACUUUUGUAAGUACAUCUCUCCUUAACAUGUAUGCAAAGUUCGGAAAGGUUGAGGAUUCAUUGAAGAUGUUUAAUACUAUGACAGAACAUAAUAAAGUCUCCUGGAAUGCAAUGAUUUCAGGGUUGACAUCAAAUGGUCUUCAUUUUGAAGCAUUUGAUCAUUUUCUAAGAAUGACGAAAGGAGGAAUUACACCAAAUAUGUAUACACUCAUCAGUGUCUCAAAAGCAGUCGGGAAGUUAGGUGAUGUUAACAAGAGCAAAAUGGUUCACAGUUAUGCUUCUGAAUUGGGAAUGGAGUCUAGUGUUCUAGUCUGUGGAGUCAAUCCACCAUGGAAUGCAUUGAUUUCUGGCUAUUCACAAUGUGGUCACAGCCAAGAAGCGAUGGAGCUCUUUGUGAAAAUGUGCCUGAAAAAUAUACAACCAGACAUUUACACUUACUGCAGUGUGUUCAAUGCAAUAGCAGAGUUAAAAUGUUUGCAAUUUGGAAAGCAAAUUCACGGGAUGGUUUUAAAGUCAGGGAUAGAAAUGAAGGUUACAAGUGUCUCCAAUGCAAUUGCUGAUGCAUAUGCCAAAUGUGGGUUGCUGGAAGACGUACAGAAGGUCUUUGACAGGAUAGAAGAGAGAGAUUUAGUGUCUUGGACAACACUGGUGACUGCUUAUUCUCAAGGUUCUGAAUGGGAGGAUGCACUGACAAUCUUCUCAAAAUUGAGGGAAGAAGGCUUUACGCCAAAUCAGUUUACUCUUUCUAGUGUGCUUGUUGCAUGUGCCAGCCUUUGUUUACUUGAGUAUGGUCAACAAGUCCAUGGCCUCCUUUGCAAGGUUGGCUUGGACACUGAAAAGUGUAUCGAAAGUGCCCUAAUCGAUAUGUAUGCCAAAUGUGGUAAUAUAGCUGAGGCACAAGAGGUCUUUGAGAGGAUUUCUGAACCAGAUACAAUUUCGUGGACUGCUAUUAUAUCAGGAUAUGCUCAACAUGGGCUUGUGGAGGAUGCCCUUGAACUCUUUAAGAGAAUGGAGCAGAUGGGUGUGAAGACCAAUGAUGUUACCUUAUUGUGUGUUCUAUUUGCAUGCAGCCACUGUGGUAUGGUAGAAGAAGGUCUCUAUCAUUUUCAUGUAAUGGAAAAAUUGUAUGGUGUGGUGCCAAAGAUGGAACAUUAUGCUUGUAUUGUUGAUCUCUUAGGUCGUGUGGGCCGUCUUAAUGAUGCAGUGGAGUUCAUAAAAAGGAUGCCAAUUGAGCCCAAUGAAAUGGUUUGGCAGACUUUGUUGGGAGCAUGUAGAGUACAUGAAAAUGUUGAGUUGGGGGAGAUUGUAGCUGAGAAGAUCCUUUCAGUUAGGCCAGAAUACUCAGCUACCUAUGUUCUUCUAUCCAACACUUAUAUCAGGACAGGGAGUUAUAAAGAUGGAAAUAGUUUGAGAGAUGUGAUGAAAGACCGAGGUGUGAAAAAGGAGCCAGGUUGUAGUUGGAUUUCUGUGAAAGGUAGAAUCCACAAAUUUUAUGCAGGGGAUCAACAACAUCCAGAAAAGCAUGAGAUAUAUGCAAAGUUAGAAGAGCUGAGAGUGAAGCUUAAGUCCAUGGGUUACGUUCCAGAUUUGAGUUAUGUAUUGCAAGAUGUGAAUUUGGUUGAAAAUAUGGGGAUUCCUGGAUAAGCUCACACGAAAACACUAAUUUGAUAAAUAUGUCCAAUAUUUCAGGUAUACUGUUCAAGUAGCGGAACAAAAUUUUUGUGAUCAAGAUAGAGAAAAGCUGCAGCAACAAAGAGCAAAUGAAUCUUUCGAUGAU